AUAAUUCCUCACUGACCCAAUAUUUACUGUUCAUUUCAACUAUGACCGUAAUGUUCGUAUUAAAUGCACGUAGUUGGCCACAUACUACAAAAAGUCAGCUAGUACCAGUACCAGUGACAAAUUAUAAUACGGAGGAAUAUCAGAUUAUCGUCAAAAACUUUUUUGAAGUUCGAAAGGAAUGGACGACAUCUAAUUUGGGAACAUAUUUAUUUAAACAUGGGAUUAAACUUGAUAAUAUCGCAUGGAAUAAAAGCUUGCAUGGCGUCUUUAAUGUUCUCAUAUGGGAGCAUUGGGAAUGGCUAAAGCGUAGACACAUUGGUGGAUUUAUUGAACACGACAAUAACCCUUUAUACGGAUGCAGCGUAUCCAACUGCCAAUUUUCAGGAGAUACAAAUAUCUCAUCCGCAGAUGCUGUUGUGAUACAUAUACAGAAAGGGCUUAUACCUAAAGUGGCAAGUCGUAAUCUACAUCAGUUAUGGAUAUUUUGGGUAGACGAGUCUCCAAGAAACACUUUUUCUUUGUCAAAAAAGCCUCCCAGUUUCAAGGAGUUGUCUAAUAUUUUCAAUUGGUCCAUGACAUACAGAUUCUGAUGUACCAAUUCCUUAUGGACGUACUGUACCUCUGUUACAUCCGAAGACUCACAAUUUAAGAUUGGAAAACAUCGACCAUAAUUCAACAAAUACG